AUGGAAAACCAUCGAACUCGGAAGCGUUCUUUAGGUGGAUGCUACCGUCGUGGGUUGAUUACAGAUGACGCGUCGUCGGAUCUACUCUUCCCGGACCCGGUAUGCUUCAGGCACUCGAAACAUCUUGCGAGGCUUUUCGGCAAACACUUGGUCCACACAUGCGUUGUACGCUUCGAGUUGCCGCGCGCAAGAGUUGAUGCCUUUCCUGCCCGCAUCCGGGUCGCUCACUCCUUCGGGCUGCUUUCCAUGCUUGUACAGACACGCGAAGAAGGGUUCACCAACGGACUUGCAUGCUUUGGGGACGCGUGGAAAGUGCGGGCUCACGCGCAGUGCUGGCGCUGCCCCAUCGGCCGUUGUGUCCUGCGGCAUCUUGUUUUUGUGUGCACGGAAACUGGUGUUGAGGUAAAAAUAGCCAAUCAGAACACCGUACAAGAUUCAAUCGACUUUGAUUGGCUAAAAUAA